AGUGGCUUCGACCGCAUGCGGCCGAGUCCCUCCUCCACGCGUGCAAUCCCGGGGCGCGCUCAUCGGCCUCCAGCCCGGGCCACGAGCCGCGCCGACCCCUGCCUGCCGCUCGAGAACUCUGCCAGCGAGUCGUCCGACACGGAGCUGCAAGAGAAGGACCGCAGUGGCGAAGCCAAGGGGCCCGAGGACAGCAGUACGGGUGGCACGGGCUGCGGAGGUGCAGAGGACCCGGCCAAGAAGAAGAAGCAGAGGCGGCAACGCACGCACUUCACAAGCCAGCAGUUGCAGGAGCUGGAGGCCACGUUCCAGAGGAACCGCUACCCGGACAUGAGCAUGCGGGAGGAGAUCGCUGUGUGGACCAACCUCACCGAGCCACGCGUGAGGGUCUGGUUCAAGAACCGGCGAGCCAAGUGGCGGAAGCGCGAGCGUAACCAGCAGCUGGACCUGUGCAAGGGAGGCUACGUGCCGCAGUUCAGCGGCUUGGUACAGCCCUACGAGGACGUGUACGCCGCCGGCUACUCCUACAACAACUGGGCUGCCAAGAGCCUGGCGCCAGCGCCGCUCUCCACUAAGAGCUUCACCUUCUUCAACUCCAUGAGCCCGCUGUCGUCGCAGUCCAUGUUCUCGGCCCCCAGCUCCAUCUCCUCCAUGACCAUGCCGUCGAGCAUGGGCCCGGGUGCCGUGCCCGGCAUGCCCAACUCGGGCCUCAACAACAUCAACAACCUCACCGGCUCCUCGCUUAACUCGGCCAUGUCACCGGGCGCCUGCCCGUACGGCACACCCGCCUCGCCCUACAGCGUCUACCGGGACACGUGCAACUCGAGCUUAGCCAGCCUGAGGCUCAAGUCCAAGCAGCACUCGUCGUUCGGCUACGGCGGCCUGCAGGGUCCGGCCUCGGGCCUCAACGCGUGCCAGUACAACAGCUGACCGCCCAGCCGGGCCACGCGGGCCGGCGGCCGGCAAGAUGCCGGGGCGGGGGUGGGCGCGGAGGAUCUGGCGCCUGCGCGGCCCCCUGCUCCCCACCUCCGGCUUGGUUUUGUGUUUGCUUUUCUGGACCCCACUCUGCCCUCUAAAACGAGACAAAACAAAGCAAAAAGACGUCGGAGAAAAGUGCCGCGAAAAAAACGGAUGAGUUGCAAUUUCCCCCGGGCUGGCGCGGGUGGUGUGUGUUCGCUCGCUCGGGGCCCAGCGGGCCCCUCCGCGGAGGGGACGCGGUGCGGGAGGUGAGCGCCGAGGCCGGCGGCCCGGAGGGGACGCCCCUGUAGCCCGCGUUCUCCCCGCGCUGGACCCGGAAUGAGCGGCCGCGCCUGAAAACUGGAGCUCGGGGCCCAGGCAAGCCUGGCCCCGGCCUGGUACAAACCAAGACGCCCCCUCCGAGCUGGGCCCGGCCGAGCGUACCUUAGCUCGAUCCAGAUCCAAGUUGGAGCGGGCGUUGGGCCGGGGAUGACGGUGCCUAGCCCAGGGUCGGGACUGGCCGUGGAGCCGCGCUAAGGGCCCCGGCGUGCCUCGAAGAGCCCUCGCCAGCCCCGCGCCCCAGAGCCCUAUUUUAAGGCCACAGAGCCGCAGCAGGCAGUGCGGAAGAGGCAGGAGGAAGCGGAGGGCUCGUCUCCGAGCAUCUUAGCUCCCGAGCUUCGCCGCAGGCCCAGGCCCUCCGCUCGGCUCCCGGGCUAGGAGGUGGCCCCCCUAUCCCGGCGGAGAGCCUCCUCCUCACCGCCCGCCGUGCAAGAGUCCAGCCGAGAGAGCUCUGGGCGCGGCCAGGGCCCCACGCCGCGCCCACUUUGCACACCCGCUCUCGGGCCCGCGCCCCUGUUUACAGCGUCCCUGUGUAUGUCGGACUGACUGUAUAGAAUUAUAAAUCUGUCUAUAUCGACUUGUCCAUGUACGUCUAUUAAAACCAUAGUACAAGCGUGCUAACCA